AUGAUUAAAUACUACUUGCUGCCGGCUUCCUCUGAACCAGUCCGGACUCCUGCUCCAAUCCAAGCCGUCUCUUCAGUGCCUCCCAAACUUCCUUUGCCUGAAAUAUUUGGAGGUGAUACUGAAGACUGCAGAGGCUUUUUGAACAUUUUCCGUUUGCAUUUCCGUAGUAUCCCUGAGACAUUCAGCACUUCUUCAGCCAAAGUGACUUUUCUAAUUUCUUUGUUAAAGGGGAAAGCCUUGGGAUGGGUCUCUCCUUAUCUGGAAUUCAACAAUCCUCUACUGCAGGAUGCCUAUAAGUUCUUGUCUUCUCUUCAGACUGUUUUUGACAAACUAGGCAGGGUUUCAGCACAAUAUGCUAUUGACUUUUGUACACUGGCUGCUGAGACUCAGUGGGAUGCUGGUGCUCUUCACGCAGCUUUUCGCAGAGGUCUUGCAGAUCGCAUCAAAGAUGAACUGGUGUAUAAAGAUCUUCAUGAUGACCUUGAAAAGUUCAUAGAGCUGUGUGUCUGUCUGGAUGUCAAGUACCAAGAAAGCAAGAAAGGUGUCAGGAGAAGUUAUGGACUCACAAGCUACCUCGGCGAGUUUAUUUAA